GCUUUUAUAAAUGAAACUCAUUCAGGCUCUACUUAUAUUUUCCCUAUGCAUAGCUGCUGCAACAGCAGCUUCUAUCCAGCCUCGCGCUGAGCUUGGAGAGGCAUUGAUGAUGUAUGGCUACAAUCCUCCUCGAAAGAAUCCAGACUAUUGUAUUGGCUUCCGAAUUACAUACCCUACUUAUCCAGGUUUGGCCUUUGAGGCUGGGUCUAUUCAGCAAGUCGCUUGGGAAGUUGACAAGGACAUCCCUCACUCUCCAAACAUCAUUACCCGUAUUCGUAUCAUCAACAGCACCCAACACAAUCAGUUUGUCAUUGCUGAAAACAUUACUAUGUACAAUAAUGAAGAGAAGGACAAUGUUGGAGAAGUUGGAUUCCGCAUUGGCGUUGAAGACAACACUGGCCUUUACCAUUACAGAAUUAUGGCCAAUUAUCCUGGUACAACUGUCCACUGCGUCUAUGAGUCCGUUCCGUUCAUGAUCAUCCAAAACCCUUACAAGAAGCACAACACUGUUGGCCCUGCUUAUGUUGCACCCAAGACUGACAGUGCUAUUAUUUGGCCACCAUCUGAGGUUGAGAACCAGAAGCGACUAGCAGCAGGUGGAGAACCUAUCCUUUAGAUUCCCACCUUCAUUUGAUCGCAUUGAUCUUUGUGUUGUAUUAUCCAUACCCCUUUUAUUGUGUUUCUCCUCUUUCUAUCAAUAUAUCACUCUCAUUAUAAUAAUAUAAGAAUUAGCUUAC